CUGUGUGACUCCUCGCCUGCUAUGGGACAGCCUGUGUUUGGACUGGACGUCAGACUUCAGUGCGUUUCAACAAACGUUCAGAAAGGGAGAGCUCAGCAGUCGACAUGGCCUUUCCCAAGCAUUCCAUCCUACAGGCUCUGAGUGUGCUGCUCUUGGCCUCGGUGUUGGUGCGUUGCCAGGCCCCUCUUGAACCAGAGGAAGAGGAAGAGGAAGAACCAAUAAAGGAGGCCGACAUCACAAUAGCACCAACGAAUACCGACCUAAUCGAAUGUCCGACGGACUGCACCUGCACGGCAGAGGGGGCAGUGGACUGUGCUGGGGUCAACCUCAUAGAGUUCCCCAGCAAGUUGUCCGACAAAACCCGCCAGCUCUCUCUGCAGAACAACAAAAUCGAAGAGAUAACAGUGGAGCACAUUUCCCAUCUGCAUCAACUUGAGACUCUCAACCUUCAGAACAACUGGCUCACCACAGAUGGCCUUGAAGAUGAAGGUUUUGAAAUGCUUGAACAGCUGGCUUAUUUAUACUUGGCAAAUAACAAGCUUGCCUCAGCGCCAAAGGUUCUACCACCCUCUUUGGUCAGCGCUGACUUCGCUGCUAAUCAGCUUACAAGGAUCUUUACGUAUACGUUUGGCCAAAAACCAAAACUGAAGUCUGUGUAUCUCCACAACAACAAGCUAAGUGAUGCAGGGCUUCCUGAUGACAUGUUCAAUGGUUCCAUCUCCCUGGAGAUUCUCACCUUGUCCAGCAACUUCCUGCGGGUUGUCCCCAGUUAUCUCCCCACCUCCCUUUACCGUCUUCAUUUGAAGAAUAACAAGCUGGAGAAAAUCCCAGCAGGGGCCUUUGACCGCUUGCGAAACCUCAGAGAGCUGUAUCUACAGAACAACCUUCUCAGCAAUGAAGGCAUGGACAACGAGACUUUCAGCCAACUUAGCAGCCUGGAGUGUCUGGACUUAUCCAAUAACAACCUGAGCGUUGUCCCUAAGGGUCUGCCUCGCAAUCUAGUGCUGCUACACCUGGAGAAGAACUCCAUCCGCAGCAUCCCUGGGGACGCUCUAACUUCUAUCCGAAACCUUGAGUACCUGCUCCUUCAUAAUAACCAGCUCCGCUCACGUUCCAUCCACCCGGCUGCCUUCCAGGGUUUGAAAAAGCUGCACACUCUCCACAUGUAUAACAACUUGCUGGAAAGGGUUCCCAGGGGUCUCCCUCGGCGGGCUAAGACUCUAAUGCUGCUCCACAACUCCAUUUCUGAAAUUGGCCGCAAUGACCUAAUCCAUCUGUACACCCUGACGGAGCUCAACCUCAGCUACAACCAGCUGACCAGCCCCAAGGUACAUCGCGAGGCAUUCAGGAAGCUGCGUUUGCUGGAAACCCUUGAUCUGUCAGGGAACAACUUUAAAUCGAUGCCCCUCGGUCUUCCUCGCAGCUUACAGGUGCUGGUAAUCAAAAACAACCAGCUGGACACCAUACCAGACCGGGCGCUGACAGGCAUGGAGAAGCUCCGAAAGCUUAUCCUAAGUGAUAAUGAACUGAAACUGAACUCUAUUUACCAGGGAGCCUGGAUGGAGCUAAGUGCGCUCACAACGCUAGACCUGUCUAUCAACCAGCUGUCACACAUACCCUCUGACCUGCCUGAAUCUCUGGAGUACCUUUACCUGCAAAGUAACCGCAUCUCCAGUGUCCCUGCUUCAGCAUUUGAAGGCACUCCGAACAUCAAAGGCAUCUUCCUCCGGAAUAACCGCCUGGCUGUGGACUCUGUGGACGAGAGCUCUUUGUCACACCUGUCCAACUUGCAAGUUCUGGACAUCGGCACAGGAAACUCUGAACUCCACUUUAAAAGAGAUGAGAUGGAGGAGGAGCUGGAAACAUAAGACACACUCAGUUGAACUGAAAUUGGACUGCAUUGUGUCAAGGACAGAAAUGGCUUUUAAAUGGGAAUGAACCUGCGAAUGUCAUUUCACAGGCCCAUUAUUGUGAGUGGCAGAGUCACAUAUUUCUGGUGCAGGAUACCGGAUGAAGUUACUUUAGUUUCCUUUUUGUGGGCUGGUUAGAAUUGCAUAUGUUUAUAUCUGAGCUUUAAUAUUUGUUUACGACUGUUGAUAUAUAAUGUCUGUUUCUGCUUUAUUAUACAAUAUGCAUUCACAAAACUCAAUGUGAAUUUUUCUAUGUAAAUGUUUCAGAAUUAAUGCCAAAAAUUUAAGCAGAGUGAAAACGAACAGAUGUUCACACUGUGUGUGUCUUUCUCUGCUUUAUGUCAUUUUGUUAUUCACUGCCUUCUCCACCUGCCUUAAAUAAGUGAUUUUACUACAA